GGCGGCUUAAUAUUUUGCCAACGGAACUGCUGUUUUUCACUCCGUCUUUCAGCUUGUUUAUUAGACGUUGUUUUAGGUUGUUUGUAAAGUACUUUGUAGUCCUUGAGGAUGGCAAACAGAAGCUCCCAUAAACUGGUGAUACUUGGAGAAUCAGCUGUUGGGAAAUCAAGCAUAGUCCUGAGACUCGUAAAGUGUCAGUUUAGUGAGUACCAAGAAGCUACUAUUGGGGCUGCCUAUUUGACACAGACGAUCGUCCUAAAUGAUCCUCCAGCAACCGUAAAGUUUGAGAUUUGGGAUACUGCUGGACAAGAGCGUUAUCAUAGUUUGGCCCCUAUGUACUACAGAGGAGCCCAGGCGGCAGUUGUCGUUUACGAUAUUACUAACCAGAACUCAUUCGAACGUGCAAAAUCCUGGGUUAAUGAACUUCAAGAAAAAGCAAAUACUAGUGGGGUGAUUGCACUUGCAGGAAACAAAGUGGAUCUCGCAGGACAGCGAGCUGUUUCGUUCGAGGUAAUGUGUUCAAACCUCUAACUUUCAUGAGUUUUCCACCGACUUAGUACUUUAAGUAUCUAAACACUACUUACCAAAAGUAAUUCAUACGAUUCUACAAGUAUUUAGUGUAACGUAAGUUCAUGCACAUGGAGAAUCUUGAGUUCCAGUAAUCGUACUUUCUACCCUUUUAUUUCACUCCUUGAACUAUAUUCCCUGUUUAACACUUUAAUACAAUUGAUGCAGUUGUUUCCAUUUACUUGCUAGUCUUUUUGUUUGUCUCAUUUCAGUAUGCAGUCGAUUUAACUUUCUCAUGUUUAGCUUUCCAUUGGAUUAAAGUUAACCUCACUAUACUUUCCAUUCUGUUAACCUCAUCUUGGAAUGCUGAUGUAGCGUGUGGUGACUUGGGUUAACAGUUGUACUACGUUCUACAACUUUGUCCUGCAUUUAAAAGUUCAUUCCUAAUAAUUAAUUGUAGUUGUUAGGUCCUCCCUCUUCAAACGGGAUCUUUUACGGAGUCUCGAUUGAUAAAAUUAAAUGCCACCCUGAGGCUAACCAAUUGACUAGUGUCAGUAGUAAGUACACUUAUGCUUCAGGAUGUGACAGUAAUUGCGGAAGGUAUUUGUUCCACCGAUGAGAUAUCUGACUUAAUUAAAAAACAGUAUCUUGCAGAAAUUUACCUUGCUACCCGAUAUCUGUAAUAUAUGGUGUAGGGAAUGGAGAAUUUAUUCAAGUUACAGUACUCACUUGUUUUCCUAGGAUUGCGGAAUGUGGCUGCAAGAAGAACAAGUCAGUUGAUGUGCGUUUGUAUGUUGUAUGUGAUGAGUAACCAUUCGCCAACAUGAGCGAUGACGAAUGAAGUAUGAUUAUGUUGAUAAACAGCUAGGCCUGGUCGUAUCAAGAAAUAUUAUUUGAUAACGCACUCACUGAUUACCCACCUAAGUUGUGAGAUGUUAUAGAUUUGCCUUGUUUGUUACCUCAUAUGAUAGAAAUCAAUGGUUAAAAGUUAGAGUGAUUAAGGAUCAGUCAUAAUAUCACGGUUAUCUAUUACUGUUUGAUGUUUCUUCCCAAUCUGAUCGGAGUUCACUAGCUUAACUCAUCACUGUAUUUGGAGACUAGACAAUUCUUGAAUUAAUUUUGGGGUGGAAUUUCGAAAACAAUGUGGUUUAUUCAUAAAACAAUUUAUACUCUUCUUCGAGUUCAUUAUUAAGUAACUUUCCCAGCUGCAUGUUUAUUGCACCCAAGCUUAUAUAGUGGAUAGCUGUUAUAAAAUAAGAAAACGUUCAAGCAGCUGUUGAAGACAUGACAUAUGCUGUUGGUGGUAGUAAUGGAUACUAGAAAAAACGUAGGUACGGGAUUCAGCAAGUGAAACGUUUUUAUAAAUGUACACAUCUUUCCUGUCUCAUGGAUUUUCAUCGUCAUCAAAUCGCUAUUAUCCUUAAAAAUGUGGUUUGAGCUCUUUUCAUACAUAACGUAUAUAUGUUCUCAGUUUCAUAAAUCUGCUGUUAUUCUCUUAUCUUCGGGCGUGGUUUUAAAAUAUUCAAUUUCCUAAUUAUUAAAUCUGUAAAAUUUCAUCUGAAUAUUUAAAUGUAACUCGAAAAAGUUUUGAACAUUUUUUGGUUUAUACGUAAGUUUUUUGAGCUGUCCACUUUUUGUGAACAUUAACAUAUCGAAACUGUUGUGUCGUUAAGCAUACAUACAUGUUAGAUUUAUUCGUGUUUUAAACUCCUGAUUCAAUGUAGUUUACAAGCAUUGUACAACAAUUUUUCUAAGAGGUUCCAUUUUUAAAGGGUUUCCUAGUUUUGUUCAGUAUUCUGUAUAUUAGAAGUUUAAUUAGUUUUUUUCUUUACAUUUUUUAGGAAGCACAAGAAUACGCCGAUAAAAAUAGAUUACUAUUUAUGGAGACGUCAGCCAAAAUUGCAACUAAUGUCUCCGAACUGUUCACUGCCAUAGGUAAUUUUCAUAAAUUUGCGUGAGCAUGUUGCAUAUCAUGAAGUUAGACUUGCAGGUCACCUCUAUACAGUCAGCAGUACGACUUCGCCUUCGGACCUUGGGUUUGUUGCUUUUAGUCUUACCGCUCUUCAACCGACCUGUCUGGCAUGGUAGGACCUUGAGUAACGGUUGUUUCAGCCAAUAUAGCCCGGUUGCUUCAUCACGAUAGGCAAGCCCGACAACCACGUCAAGCUAGCAACAAUGGAAAUAGAUUCCUUAAUAAUAUUGAUAUCAGUUGAGUAUUCGAAGAUUUCGUUUUUGCGCUAGAUUCGGAUCGUACUAGUAAGCACAUAAGGAAUAAAGUUUUUGAAUUGCCAAUAAAUUUCCUGUCAGUCCAUGUCGUCCCAUGAUGUCUUUAUACCUGGUGUUCUCCAUUCCGACUUGGACGUUUAGAUCUCCCAUGAGGAUGUUCAGGUCCUUUCCUGAAGAGUUCGCUAGGAUCGAUUGCAGCAUCUCGUAAAACUGAUCUUUAUCAUCGUCGUUGCUAUCAUUGGUGGGUGCAUAACAUUGGACAACACUCAUUGUGAUUUCUUUUGUUUCGAAAGAUGCUUUGAUGGUCCUGAGUCCAUGAGAUUCCCAUCGUAAAAAGUGCCUUACAUGCUUCUUUGAACAGUAUCAUAGCAACUCCCUGAGUGUGUGGAACAUUUCGUGAACAGAGUACAGUAGUAUCUCUCCAUUAUUUAUUUAUUUAUUUAUUUGAACACAUAAAUAUUGGUACAAGAGAGCGCCAAUAUAUAUGCGCCACAC